AUGGCGUCGAAUCAAGAAACUUCAGUGCUCAGCGACUUUAAAGCCAAAAAAAGAUCAAGUUACCACUGUUGUGUGCCUCUAUGUAAUGGAGAUUCCAGAUAUCACCAAGACCUGAAGUUCCAUCGCAUUCCAAGUGCCAAUGACGGCAAAGAAACCCGUAAACUUUGGCUGGUCAAAAUACGAAGAGACGAAGGGCCUGAUUUCAAGAUAUCAAGCAGCACAAGGGUUUGCUCGAGACACUUUUUAGAGGACGAUUACCUACAUCCUGAUAAUGCAGGACGGUGUUUAUUAAAAAAAGGGUCUGUUCCCAGCCAAUUUGACUGGUCUUCAAUGACUCCAAAAAGAAGAAAACUAAUUCGCACUUGUACUGGAGGGACACAAACUGAAGAAACUGCAAUUGAAGAAACUGGCAGUGAAGUGUGCACAGUCGAUCCUUUGCUAAAAAUGCAAGAAGAGUUGGAAGGAUUAAGAUUGGAGGUAAUUCUGAAAACCCAAGAAUUAAAAAAAAGUAAGGAAGAAACAGCUUCUGUUAUGGAAGAAAUGAAUGCAUUCAAGGCCCAAGCACAUAAAGAAAUUGAAAAUACCAAGAAGGCUGCCGAGGAGUUAGCACUAUCCAAAUUUGGUUUAGAAAGAUUUUCAACUAACAAUGACUUAGUCAGAUUCUACACAGGAUUUGUUUCUUAUGAACACAUUAAGGCUUUUUAUGAAAUCAUAAAACCAACUGCUGAGAGAAUGACCUAUUGUUAUGCUACAGGAGAUAGAGAAAGUCGUCCAAAAGCACAAACCAUGCUAGUUAUAGACGAGUUGUUUAUGUUCCUGGUUCGUAUUAGAUUGGGCUUAUUUGAGCAAGACCUUGCUCACAGAUUUAAAAUACAUAUAUCCACUGUUAGCCGAAAAAUAGUUACAUGGAGCAAUUACUUAUAUUUCAUGUUGGGAUGUCAAGUAAUCUGGCCUUCUAGGGAAAAUGUCAAUAAUUACAUGCCCCAGUGUUUUCGUAGGCUUUACCCAAGUACUAGAGUUAUAAUAGAUUGCACAGAAAUUUUCGUACAAACUCCCAGCUCCUUAUUAUUACAGUCACAAUUAUACUCAAGCUAUAAAAGCAACACUACCCUUAAAGGUUUGGUUGGGAUCUCUCCUCAUGGGGCAGUCUCUUUUGUAUCUGGGUUAUAUACUGAAGCAAUCUCAGAUAAAGACAUAACUAGGUGUUGUGGCAUCUUAGAUUUAAUUGAGGAGGGAGAUUCAAUAAUGGCAGACAAAGGUUUUGAUAUAGAAUAUCUGUUAUUAGAAAAGAAAGCAAUACUUAAUAUUCCCCUUCUUAGAGAGUAA